CAAAGUCAGAAGUUUGAUCACGGAACUGCCUGGCUUUGUGUGGUGAGUGAGACUGGGGAAGACAGAGCCUCCGUAUACCUCUCUCGAAAAGCGGCUUCGUGAUCUAACAACUCUUCGGUCUCCCCAACCCACCACUACCACACCUGCAAGAGAGUGACAUAGGCCAGUUUAUACGACGGUUACAGUGGCGGCCAGCAUGAGCUUCAGUGCGGACUCCACCUCCCCCAACCCAUUUCACAUGUGUAACAUCUGUCAAAAGGUGAUAAGGAAAAAGGAAAAAGGAGUCAGAGUGCCGCGCCCCUUCUCCAGUGGACCCAGUGCCUUCAUUCCAAAGGAAGAGAUUGUGGAGGCGUCCCAAGUGGACCCCCUCACAGAGCAGCUCCUAGCCGAGGCCUACUCUCCGUCGGGCCAUGUGGACCACCUGACCCAGGUGAUGGGACUGCACCCCCACUACCUGGAGUCCUUCCUGCACAGCCAGUUCUACCUGCUGAGGAUGGACGGCCCCUUGCCUCUCCACUGCCGACACUUCAUCGCCAUCAUGGCUGCAGCGCGUCAUCAGUGUUCCUUCCUGGUGUCUCUGCAUGUGCGUGAGUUCUACAGGAUGGGGGUGUGUCUGGACUGGCUGAAGGGCCUGCAGUACGUCCCUCAGAGACUGAGGAACCUCAACGAGAUCAACAAGCUCCUAGCACACAGACCGUGGCUCAUCACCAAGGAGCACAUUCAGAACUUGGUGAAGACAGGGGAGCACAGUUGGUCUUUGGCAGAGCUGGUCCAUGCUGUGGUCAUAUUGGCCCAUUUCCAUGCCCUGGCCAGCUUUGUGUUUGGCAGUGGCAUCAACCCCCAGGUUGACACACAAAACACCAACGGCUUCCAGGCCGUCUACAUCAGCAACUACUGUACAUGUGACCUGGCCAGCGACCAUCACCUGGACCGAGAUCUCAGCAGUACCAGCCCUGAGACCACAGACUCGGUCAGUGAGUUGGAGGCGCUGAUGGACAGAAUGAAGAGGCUGCAGGAGGAGAGAGAGGAGGAUGAGGCCUCGCAGGAGGAGAUGGCCACACGCUUCGAGAAGGAGAAGAAAGAGAGCCUGCUGGUGGGCUCUGGAGGUACUGCAACCACACCUGUUCCUGUUGUCUCUCUCUCACUGAGUAAAGGGAUUACGUGGUUACUGAUUAUGAUCCAUCUCCAUUAUGACUCUGCAGAUUUGGAGGAUGAGGUGAUGCCCACAUCCAAAGUGUCUCAGUUUGUGGAAGAUGCCACCUUCGGGUACCAGGACUUUGCUCGACGCGGGGAAGACAAUCCACCAACUUUUAGAGCACAGGACUACUCGUGGGAGGACCAUGGUUUCUCUCUGGUCAACAGGCUGUAUUCAGACAUCGGGCUGCUGCUGGAUGACAAGUUCCGGACAGCGUGUGACCUGACCUACUACAACAUGGCCAGUCACGAGGACGUGGACACCACCAUGCUCCGACGUGCACUCUUCAACUACGUGCACUGCAUGUAUGGCAUCAGAUAUGAUGACUAUGACUAUGGGGAGGUGAAUCAGCUAUUGGAACGCAGUCUGAAGGUCUAUAUAAAGACCGUAACGUGUUAUCCAGAGAGGACCACUCGUCGCAUGUACGACAGCUACUGGAGGCAGUUCCGCCACUCCGAGAAGGUCCAUGUGAACCUACUCCUAAUGGAGGCCAGGAUGCAGGCAGAACUGCUAUAUGCCCUGCGCGCCAUCACACGCUACAUGACCUGACCAACCACAGCGGGCCAUCUGUCUCCACCUGACCAAUAGAAACCCCAGCCCACGUCCGCCCAACACCGCUACUGGCCUUACCCCUCUCCACAGCCCCAGGAAUGCAGCCUCUGGGAACCAGGAAAUUGUCUCACUACCAGGCACAUGUCUCUAACACUGGCCUCUUACUGUAUGUUUGGAUGGGGACUUUGACCUAUUUUCUUUAGCUUAAUGCCCUUUUAAAAGAGGAAGUAUGUGAAAAUGAAGGAAAUCCUACUGUGAGUGUGUAAAAAUUGUGAAAACGGGUGCACGUUUGACUUGUCAUCCUUUUUUGCCAAAAUUGUAUUGCCAGUUUGGCUUUAGUGACAUAGUAAAGGGGUUGGAGUUCAUGACAAACUUUAAAAAUAUAUAUAUUUAUCCAAGCAACCUCAAAGUACUGCACUGUGCUCUAAGGAAGAUACUGAAUAGCCGGAAACGGUGUUGCACAAUGUAGAAUAUACCUCAAUGUAAUGCCUUGAUUUGGUACAGUCCCACCAAUAUCAGGUGCAAGAUUAAAAUGUUAUCUGAUUGAGAGAGCAAGCCAUUUUGUGGCACUAUUUUAAAACGUGCAAUAUUUUUACAUUUUUUGCAAUUUAAAAAGGUCGACUCAGCUAAAUGACAUUGCCAUGAGCAGCAACGCAGAUAUUGAGAUGAGUGAGAUGCAAGACUUCACUCUAACAGUCCCACACAGUAUCUUCGCAUGUGUAUGAGUUCGCUUCACACUUACAGCGUGGUAGCCACGAGACCAAAACAGAAGUUGAACCUCUCGCUUCAUCACUCUUAGUUUUUGCAGAAAUUGACCCACUAUGCUGUUUACUUUAUGCAUCUGUCAUAUCGCUGAGUUUAUCUUUAAAAGGCUGUGACAGAAUAGUUAUGCUUUUCAGUAUAUUUAUAGCUUUGUCAAUAAAUCUGGCUAAUUUAAAUAUUUCUAGAGAACUAUUUAUCUGCAAUGUUUGUCCUAAGAAAAUAUAAAUCACAGCAGGUAGCGCACAAGAUUUUGUGGCAACAUUAUCAGCAAUUUUCGGACUUCUCUCAUCCUGCUCUGUGCCUAAUGUUUCUCACUGGGUCUGUAAGACAUUAAGAUUGCAUACUUGUCUAUUUCUACCAAAGAUGCCGUGUACAGAUGUUAGAUCCAUGAGACAUUUUCAAAACAUUUUUAUAUUCCAUUAGGAAGUACAUUUUUAGAACUGGUAAUGCUGGGAAUGUGCUCUUUGUUUUUGUUUUGUUUUAUAAUUACUGAAGUAUCACCACAUGAGUGUAUUCCUAAUCCUAAAAUCUGCACUGUUAACUUUCUCACCAGCAUUUAUUUGAUGCUUAUUUCUUCACCAGUGUAGGGUUGAAAAAAUCCUGGUGUUUUUGUGAAUGAUUGUUGCUCUUUGCACAUCUGUAUCUGCAAAUGUAGGAACUGCUGAUGGCAGUGUCAAUCAUUUUUGCAGAUAUUUACUGUAGGAAAAAAACUCCCAGUUGGAAAUAUGCAAGAAAUGUCAGUAUUUCCUUACAUCCUCUCCCUCUCAAAUCUUUCUUGCAUUUAAUUUCUCAGAUGUGAAAUGUUUCAUAUUGUAGCACCCCCCCCCCCCACGUAUAGGUUUAAUUACAAUGUUUAAUCAAUGCCACUGUGAACUCAGAUGACAUUCACCAAAGUACUGUUUACUUUUUGCCAACCUACCUUUUAAAAGGGAUCUUUUUUUCAUUAGUACACAUAAUCAUGAUGAUGCUGUAUUAACAGUGGACUAAAGAAAAAAAUACCCAAAUAGUUUGAGUGGAUUUUCCCUUUAAGUUUAGAGUUUUCCAUAUUUUAUUUUAAUAAAUAUCUUGUGUUAACAAUACCAAUUAGACUAUGUAUACUCUGCAUUAUAACUGAUGAUGGAAGCGGAGUUGUCCAAACUUUACAAUGAUAAUCUACUGGUCUGACAGUUAAAGCUGCACUUCUCUCUUUCCCAGAUUGUGCUUCAGGAUUGUUGUAAUAGUUUUGGGAGGUCGUGCCUUCAUCAAAGCCACAUUCAGUAUAGCCACAUUCCCCCCCCAAAAGCUAAAAGGACAACAGUGCAACUGAAACUGUACCUCACACAGUGCCUGCAAGGGCAUUUUCAAAACAAUAAAGAAGUUACAAAUACA